AUGGAAUCCACGCGAGAGGAGCGGUUGCAAAUGCGACAGCGUGGAGCUGGUACGCGCCAAAUUAAAGCAGUUGAUUUCGGAUUCUCCUUUGGAGCUCCAGCGCCUGGUCCAUCAGGCUCUGCUCCCAUCUCAUUAUUCCCCGAACCCGAGAAAUCGCAAAUACAGCCCGUGCCCGCGCCGAGUGCGACACCACCGUCGCUGAAGGUCUCUUCGCAACCUGAACCACAGAAGAUAAGCCAGUCACAGCGCACACCAGGAAGUGCGCGCAAUCAUCUUCCUCGGCGGCCCUCGACAUAUGACAUACCUUCCGACGAAAGGCACGAAGUACCACGAAGCAACAAAAGGAGAAGACUAAAUUCCCCCGAACCGACAGAUACCCCUUCGAAGCAGAGCGCCCCGGAACCUGCUAACAACGUCCCAGAGCCAGCUCAGAAUGGCGGGUCAGUGGUCACAGAAGCGCAAGCAAGCCGCGAAGCCGAUACCUCCGUAUCGGACGUGCGAGAGACCCAAUUUGAUGCGCUCGAGCCCCCGAGCUUGCCAGAAGAACCUGUGAACAAUGAAGUCGAGGCAGAUGAUGGUGCAAGGACAACUAACCCCGACUCCACGGCACAGGCCGUUUCUGAAGAGCAAACCCAAAGCACAACCCAAAUCCCCACGCCAGACGUUACAACAGAGACUAUUGAUCAGACACGUCCUCGAAAAUCUCGAUCACCCAAGGAUCCCCUACACGAGACGCCACCUAUUGUCGAUCCCAUAGAUCUAUCGAGCAAGAGACAACGAAAUAGCAGAUCACCAUCACAAGCUGAAGAGUCCCCUGCGGAAGAAAGGGGAGAACAGCAGACGACUGAAAAACCAAACCUCUCGCCAUCCUCUCAGGGACCUCGUAAACCAAAGACAAGGAUCCCGCGAGCCAGAUCUACCACUACUGAUGCCUCGGACGCCAAUCAAUCAGACCGAGGUCACACAGAAACCUCACCGAAUAACGUUGAUGCGACUGAGAUUGCAACCAGAACUGCAACUGUAGCUCAAAACCUGUCCGACACUACAAAGAAGACUCAAGGGCGGAAAGGUCGCACUGAGAAUGGCGAGCGCGCACCGGCUCAAACUGUGAACGAGACAGCCCUGGAAGCUGAAAUAGAGCCUCAACCCAAGGUUGCUCAGAACAAGCCCCCCUCCAAAGAUAAACGUCCCCGUGGUCGACCAUCACUUUCAGGAAAGAAGCUUGACAAAGAGACACAAAAUGAACAAGGGCUCAAACGGCGCCUAGAGGCUGGAACAGACACAGAACCUGGGCCAUCAAAACCACGUCGUGGCCGGCCCUCGCUUUCUGGAAAACAGGUUGAUAAAAAAGCACAAGCCGGUCCUGAAACAGAACCCGGGACAGAGUCUGGUUCUUCAAAACCUCGUCGCGGACGGCCUGCAAAGAAUAAAUCGGCUACAGAGCCAGAGUCUGCAGUCUUAGAGAACCAAACGAACCCCGAGACUGAGCCUCAACCAGAGCCAGACCAAGAAGAUGAACCCGAAAUAUCGAAACCACGCCGUGGACGACCUGCGAAAAAUAAGCCGGCGACAGAGCCAGAGCCUGCAGUCUUAGAGGACCAAACGAACCCCGAGACUGAGCCUCAACCAGAGCCAGAACAGGAGGCUGUACUUGAAUCAAAGUCCCGCCGGGGAAGACCAAGGAAGAAGAGCAAAUUGGCAGCAGAGCCGGAAUCUACAGCUCCAGAAGAACAACCGAAUAUCGAGAGUGAACCUAGAUCUGAGCCGGAACAGGAGGACGAGCCUUUACCGUCUCAGGCCCGUCGGGGAAGGACCAAGAAGAACAGAGCGGUAUCGGAACCCGAAUCUACAACUAGGAAAGGGGAAGCUGAUACCGAGACCGUUGAAGAACGUCGAAAACCAAGAGAACCUCGUGGCGAAACGGUUCCUGUUACUGUGCAUCGUCUGUUUAAUCCUUCGGCUCUUGGUGCAAUGUACGCAUCAGCUGGUUCUGGCGAGGAGGACGAAGAAUCUGCCGAUGAGCUCUCCACUCGCCAAAAGACCAAGCUUCCUAACCGCGGCGGUGUUAACCCUGCAGAUGUUUUGAGCCAAAUCUGUCGCGAAACCCUGGAGAAGACGCUCACAGCUCUCAAGAACGGAAUCGCGAACGAAACAAACACCCAACGGCGAGCGGAGUGGACACGCAAACGAAGGGCUGUCGAAGCCUUUGGCUCUGAGCUUGAUGGACGCCUGCUGGACCUGAGCGAGAUGCUUGAUAGCAAUUUCGUGCUUGGGGUGCAGCUCAGGAAGACCAAGCGCGAAAUGAUGGAUUUGCGGAACCAUCUAUACAAGGUGCGGCGGGAACGAGAGAGCAUUGCUCUCCAGAUGGAUGCAGUGCGUAGCAAGCACAUGGAAGAGGAAAAUAUGAAAACCUCUCGCACUACCAUCAACAAUUCCCUACACAGUCUUGAACUUGCGCUAGAUCGCAGCCAACAGCAGGCCUCUUCAACUACAGAUCCUUCCCCGGCAGACCUAGAGUUCAUGCUCCGCACCGUGGCCGAAGAUGUGAGCAGUCGAGCACCAGGUGCCCAGGGUGGAUUGCUCAAUCAGAUCCGCUCAUUCAAUGAUCAACUGGAAACUACCGCUCGCCUUUUAGAACGGUAG